AAAAGGCGUCUCGCAUAAAAGAGUACUACCACUACUACUCCUCACUCGUUCAAAUCAGAUCCGUGAUCACUAAACCAAUCAAUCUGUAGCCGUUGGAUUUUACGGCACAAUAAAUCAACGGUCAGAUUUGAUGCAACUCCUUUGUCUUUAAAUUACCGUGUUCCUGCACAGCACAGGCGCCUCAAUGCGAUUCCUAAACUCAGGAUACAUUUUUUGGAUGAGGAAGAGUUGAUAUGUGCAGAAUUUCGGGGUUAAAUAUAUGGCACCGACUAUCCCUAUAGAUUACACAGGACAGAGGGAAUCGAAACGGUUCUCAAAGACGGGAUCUGGGGAUAUAAUGGGGAAAACACGCAAAGUUUCCAAGGGUUUCUCCUCGGCGCCAGUGCCAGAUUAUAGGCUUUUAUCAGACUCGAUGGAAGCAGGAGGUUUUGGGAGCUCAGGCCGAUUCGACGCAGGAUUGACUGCUUCGCAAGACACUUUCGUUCCUAAUAGGAAGUACAUUAGCUUGGGUGGGGAUGGUUACGAUAGGUCCGUUGUGCCAGUUCAGCUCCUUCCACUAUCGAAGAUGUCGUCCUUUGAGAGGAGGGAGUCGGAAGUCAGGUUGAAGAGUGAGCUUGAACAAGUAAGGAAGCUUCAGAGGAAGAUAGAUUCUUUGACCUUUGAUGCGAUUGUCCGCCCCCCGUUGAGUUCCGAUGUUCACAGUUCUCAAAAUGGGCCGAAGAGACCUGCUAUGGUGGAAAGCUUGCCGGUUUCUACUAAUAACGAGCCUGUGGCUUCGAGGAAGAAAAAAGGUCCUCCCGGAAGAAAUGGGGCCCGCACUAAAGGCGGGCCUAUGGUGAGCGGGCGCAGUGUUUCGGGGAAGCAGGGCCCGCCUCAGUCCAACAGUUCUGUAAUGUUGAUGAAACAGUGUGAGACCCUGUUAGCUCGUUUGAUGGUGCAUCAACAUGCUCGGAUGUUUAACGAGCCUGUUGAUAUCGUGAAGCAUAAAAUCCCGGAUUAUUUCAUCAUUAUUAAGCAUCCGAUGGAUUUAGGGACGAUAAAAGAUAAGUUGGCUUCGAAUCAGUAUUCCAGUCCAAUGGAGUUUGCUGCGGAUGUGAGACUCACCUUCAGAAAUGCAAUGACGUACAACCCUCCUAAACAUGACGUUCAUGUUAUGGCAGAUGUGCUUAGUAAAUACUUUGAAAUGAGAUGGAAAGUAAUCGAGAAAAAAAUCCCAUCAACAACGGAUGAAUCCACGGCUUCGAAAUCAAGUGUCGUUAUAGAACCUGAAAACGUUAAUGUGCCUCCUCCUGCUAAGAAGCAGAAGACAGUUUCAUUGGAAACCAAGACGGUCAAGCAUGAAACAGAAAAGCGUGUAAUGAGUGAUAUUGACAAACAGAAACUGGGAGCAGAGUUGGAGGCGUCAGUGGCAGAACUCCCUGACCAUAUAAUCAUGUUCUUGAAAGAGAACACUUCGAAUGGUAGUCAAGCGAGCGAAGAUGAGAUUGAAAUUGAUAUCGACGUUCUUAGUGAUGAUACCCUAUUAACGUUACGCAAACUUCUGGAUGCUCAUCUGUUGGAGAAGCAGAAAAGCCAAGUACCAGUAGAGCAACAUGAAAUUGAGAUGCAAAAGGAACCCGGAUUUAGCAAUUUAUCUUCCCAGCCUUGCAAAGACAACGAUCCAGCUGAUGAGGAUGUGGAUAUUGGUGAAAAUGAUCCACCACAUAUAUCAAGUUCUCCUCCAACAAAGAUUGCAGAGGAUGCCGACAGAAGGAACAGUAAUUGUACUAGUUCAAGGAGCUCCGCCUCCACUAGUGGUGAUUCAGGCUCGUCAUCGACUGAUAGUGACUCAGACAACGAACAAGCCGGUACCAAGAACCCCGUUCCUGCAAAUGCUGUGACUGAAACUGCAGAUACUAGAGCGGGGAGGGCGGAAAGUGAGCUAGGCGAUCCAAACAUUGGAGAUUUUCGGAAUGCGAAACCUGAGCAAAAUUCAGUCUCGAACUCAUCCUCUAUCGAUCCUAAUUGUGGCCAAGAGGGGGAGAGUGCUCCGUCAGAAAGGCAAGUCUCCCCUGAAAAGCAGUACCGCGCAGCUUUGCUGAGAAGCCGAUUUGCUGAUAUUAUAAUUAAAGCUCAAGAGAAUACCAUAGAAAAAGGGGAAAAACCGGAUCCUGAGAAACUGAAGCUCGAGAGGGAGGAGAUUGAAAGGCGAAGAAGAGAAGAGAAAGCUCGAUUACAAGCAGAAGCGAAAGCUGCAGAAGAGGCUAGAAAAAAAGCUGAAGCAGAAGCUGCAGCGGAAGCCAAAAGAAAAAGAGAACUCGAAAGAGAAGCCGCACGACAAGCUCUUCAAAAGAUGGAGAAGACUGUGGAUAUAAACGAGAAUAGCCAGUUUAUGGAAGAUUUAGAGCUGUUUAGAUCUGCUGGUCCAGAUGAGCACUUACAGAACCUGCUGAUAGAGCAAGCCAGCCCUGAAAAUUCCGAAAAUGCCCUUCUUGGUAGUUUCAAGUUUCAAGCAAGCAGUAAUCCUCUGGAGCAACUUGGACUGUACAUGAAGAACGACGAAGACGAAGAGGAAGAAGAAGUUGAGCCUCAAACUGUUCUAGAAACUUCCGAUAAUCCAGAAGAAGAUCCAGAUGAAGACGAAGAUCCGGAAGAAGGGGAGAUAGAUUGAUUGAUCAAUCAGCUUCCGAUUUUCUCGUUUCAUGUUCCUUGGUCUUUUCCUGUUGGAACAUCGAAUGUGGAUUUUAAAGGUUGAUUAGAUGUGAUUGCAUCGUAUGAAGUUGUACAAGAAUUGAUGCCCCGGCCUAUGUUCUGUUUAUUGUGAAAUGAUUUUGGUGUCGGACUUGGAUUCAAAGCGUAUUAUAAGGCUAUUCCCAUAUUAGUCUUACUUGUGGAUCCCUCCAUAUUAUGAAAAUUUGUAGCUAUAUAACUUGAUUUGGUUGUA